CCCCCCCCCACACCCCCCUUGUAACUUUAAGUGUUAUGACAAAUGGUUUCUUAACUAUAUAUGUUUGUUAAUGCUCCUAAAAAUGUAUUUAUAUUAUAGGCUCUAAAUAUAUUGUUUAAUUUAUACUUUGCUAGAGUUCCUAACUGUAUGUUUGCUGCUUUAACUAAAAUCACCCCUUUUUUCCCCAAGAAAUGUCAAGUACACUACAGUUAACCUAUCACAUGUGCACUUUGUUCUAAUUUGACAAUUUAGAACAACCUCUGCUCAUCUAGUUCAUAUCAUUUAAAUUGCAGAGGCUGGUGUUGUUGCUGGCUUAGUUAUAGUGACUAUUUCAACUUGUAACUCUUGUUUAUUUGCAAACUUCCUCAGUUAAAAAAAAUAUUUGAAAAUAAUUGAAUAACCUCGUAUAAUAAUAACCUUACUUUUAAACUCUAUUUUAAAAUUACUUUUGAAUAAUUAACAUUUCUUAUUAAAAUAGAAAAACCGAAUUCUAUCCCAGAUGUUGUUCUGUUGUAAGUAUGUAGUGUUGUUUUUCUAUUUCAAGUGUUUAAAAAAAUAAAGUCACUUAUACUCUAAUUUUGUUUGUUUUUAAGUGAACUGCCUCUCUGUCACUUUGUCAUCCAUCAGAGAAACUGUUCCUGAUUGAAAACAAAGUUAUGUAUGUUAUGUUAAUUCUUGACCACACUCAUUGCAGUCAUUUUGGCUUCUGAGGUCCUGAACAAACAAACAAACUGGGUAAAAGACACGAAAAUUCCACAUCGUACAUUUAAAUAAUUCAUUUGCUGUAUUUUAAUAUUACAGUCACAAUUAUGAAUAUUUUUUUUCUUUUCCUGUCGGAAUUCCAGUUCCACAUCUCCAUGGCAAAUUGAGAUCACAUUUCAGGUUGUUUGUUUGCUGCACGUUUCCAUAGUCACCAGUGUUUGCAUUAGUUGUUAACUUGGACUGUGUGUGGUGUACUCAGUGGACUUGGACUAUUAAAAUGGUAAAAGGUGGGAAGCGGUAUUCUUCAAUGAGCAACGAUGGCAAAUGGUUUGCUCAUCCAGUUUUACCAGAAAAUGAGACAAGGAAUCGUGAGACUUGUACAAGCACUGGGAUCAUGCUGACUCAGGUUAAACCAUCAUUGCCUCAGGCUUUCAACUUCAAGCGCUAUCCAAAAUGGAAAACUCAGCAGGAACCCAGAGAAUAUCCAUUCUCAGACCAUGACAACAAGUAUGCUUUGAAAGACAACAUCUCUAUCUUCACUCAUGGUGUGGGACGCAGGAAGUGUCUUGAAGAUCACAGACAGCACAACACCCACUUCUGCCUUUGCCAUGACGCAGCUGACAGCAGCACUGAAGAGAUUGGGGGGAACAUCUACCACACUGACUUUGUGGUGAAGCAGGCUGUUAAUGUUCCAACCAGCACCAGAAGGUUCCCCCGCAACCACAAGCAGAAGUCUGCAGAGGCAGCUUUGGCACAAGCAGGGGAGCCAUUCAUGUGGUUUGGACGACACGACUCUGACCCCUCAGAGAACCUGCAAGGGCUGGCACCUUCCAAACCCUAAGAUGCUCCUACAUUUAGGGCACUAGAUGGCAUAGCAUAGAGAGGGUCCAGCGAACUUUCCGGAGGGUGCUGCUGUCAAAUAAAGCAUUGAAUUAGGAACGUCGGAUAGCAUUUUCUCUUGUUAGGAGAAGCCUGGAGUAUUUUGACAGUUAUAUUCCAAAUAGGGAAAAUUAGGAACUUUACAAACCAGAUUUUAUUCCACAACAAAUCCAAAUAGACUGGAAAGUGGACUGUGAACAAUCCACUUAAAGUAAAUUAUUAGUAAAUUAACAAUAUAUAUAAUCAGUACAUCUUAUUAUAUAAUUGACUGUGUUUAAGUGGAUUUGAUGAUGCUAUUUUGAGACAUGUAGUAAAUUGUCCUGUAUUUAAAUAUACUUUUACGCACAUAAUCUGUAUGUAGGCUACUUGAAAUGUAACGUAAAAAAAAGUCAGUAAAGUGUCAGUGUCAAAUUACUCUUUCAGGUAUGUUAUUAAAAUGGAUUAAAGCGA